AUGGCAGCAAGUACUGUCAAUAUCGGCAUCGCAGCGGCCGUUAUCCUCUCUGCCCUUCUCUUCAGUCCAGUCUCGCAGCGAUUGACGACUCUAGGCAUCACUCGCGGAAGUAUCAAGAACAUCCACGGCGUCGAUGGGUUAAGAACGAUGCCCGGCACGAACAUGUGCGAGGACCUCCAUCUUGAAAGCACAACGAACCAACUCUUCGCAGCAUGCCAGCAGGACGCUGAACAACGAGCACGAUGGUUUCCACCUACUGGACUUUUCGCAGAUCAUACAGCUACUGGAGGAGGAGCAAUCGUCCGCAUCGAUCCCGUUUCGAUGACGGCGAAGACUUUGACGUUGAAGGGAUUCAACCAGCCCAUGGUCACGCACGGAAUCGAUAUACUCAAUGAUCCCACGGAAUCGGAUCUACUCUGGAUAUACGUCGUCAGCCAUUUACCCAACCCAGAUCGCUGGGAUGUCAAGCCUCGCCGAACUGAUCUCCCACCUGAGAGAGCUCAUAUCGAGAUCUUCACCCAUCGGUUGGGCACGGACGAAGCGCAGCAUAUUCGCUCAGUACGACAUCCCGAUAUAACCAUGCCGAACGAUAUCGUGGCCGUCUCCCCGUCCUCAUUCUACGUCACAAACGACCACGUCCAUCACGAAGGCCUAAUCAGAGCAUGGGAAGACGCCGGCACGCAAAGCAUCUCCCCAACCCCCAACACCAUCCUCAUCGAAGUAACCGACCUCAAAACAAAAUCCCCCACCGCAGGCAUCAAAGUCCGCACCGCCCUCCGCGUCCACAACAACAACGGCCUCGGACGCGGAAGCCCCCACCACCCCUCAGAAAUCAUCGUCCUCGACGCCACCGGCGGCAUCCUCACCCGCACAACCCGCGACCCCAAAUCCCAAAAUUUACACAUCAUCGAACGCAUCCCCCUCGCCUCCACCCUCGACAACCCCUCCUACUACCUCGAACCCUUCGCCACAUCCACCUCCAACGCCUCUGGCUACCUCCUCCCCGGCCUUCCUCACGCCUACAAAAUGAUGGCCGACCUCCCCUUCAACGACCGGGCUAUCCCGUCUCUCGUCUGGCACGUGCGGAGCAAGGACAAUAGACCCGUCGAUAAAGCCGGACCGGGGAAGGGGAAUGUGUGGGAGAAGAGGCUCGUGUUUCAGGAUGAUGGGAUGGGGUUGAGGAGUGCGAGUGGGGCGGUGUUGGUCGGAAUUGAUCCGGAGAGGAAUGGGGGGCGGAAGCAGGGGUGGCUUUUUGUGACGGGGUUUGGGAGUUUUGGGAUGGUGGCUGUGAAGAUUGAUUUGGAGUGA